AUGUAAAUAUAUAUAUAUAUACAUUGCUUACUGGUGUACACCGCUUAGAGAAUGCUUGCACUUAAAGCGGUAUGUAAGUCUCAUAAAAUAAAUAAAUAAAUAAAUAAAUAAGAAUCUAAAUGCUCUGAUCAACUAAUACCAUGGGUAUAUUAUGCUUUAACUUGCUUCCAUUUUUUUCAAUAAACAAGAUACUGGGAUAGUAGGUUUUCAUUAAAUAUCUACAAAAUUGUUUCUUUAUGUUUAGUUUUCAUACACCUAAUAUAUAAAUAAGCCCAAUGCUCUGAAAUAUUUUCUGCAUAUGUAGUAAGUUUAUUUGCCUGACCUUUGCUUAUUAAACACAGAUUUUCAUGGGGAAAUGAAAGUUUUUCUUAUUAAAAAAACCCCAGUAAUAUGGAGGAGUAAGGAGAUUAAAUAUGACAUCAUUCUUUUGUCUGUGUCAAUGCUUUAUCAAACAGUAUACUGAGUGAGCAUUAAGGCUUUAGGCUAGAAAUGCUCCCACAGGGAGAGAAAUAAUGGAUGAAAAAGAGAGUAAACAAUAUGCACAAUAUUAUUUAAUAUAUUUCUAAAAGUAAAAUUGCAACAGUAGGAGAGAUAAACCACAGGAUGUGAAUGCUGAGGACUUAUAAAACUGCAGAAAUAAGAAGAAACUUCAGAUAAUGAAAAGUGGAAUGUUUUUUUUUCUUUGAAUUUGUGAUGCCUCAUAUUAUCUACACCCACUUGUGAUGCCUCAUAUUAUCUACACCCCCAUCGCAUGAGAUUAUUUCUUAAUAACUGGACUGCUGGAAUGAAAGAUGACUGAUAGAAAUUGAUUUGAUUUUUGUGGAUUGGAAGACAUGGUCCCUGCAUUAAAACUGCUGCUCUUCACCUGUAUUUGGCCUACUUCUGUUUUAUCCAAUAACAGCAAUAAUCAUCCUCAAAAGCCAUUCAUGAAAAGACAUAACAGCAAACAAGAAUUUAAGGUGAGGAAACUAGAUAAUACUAAAGUACCACCCAUGAAAUCAGAACAACUUCUCCAUAUAGAGAACCAUGAUUUUGCCAUGAGACCUGGCUUUGGAGGAUCACCAAUCCCAGUGGGCAUUGAUGUGCAUGUAGAAAGCAUUGACAGAAUUUCAGAAGUUGACAUGGAUUUCUCAAUGACUUUGUAUCUCAGGCAUUACUGGAAGGAUGAAAGACUCUCGUUUCCUAGUACCAGAAACAGAAGCAUGACCUUUGAUGGAAGAUUAAUAAAAAAGAUUUGGGUACCUGACACAUUUUUUGUUCAUUCUAAAAGAUCUUUUAUCCAUGACACAACCAUGGAGAAUAUUAUGUUACGUAUCUAUCCAGAUGGCAAUGUGCUCUUCAGUUUACGGAUAACAGUUUCUGCUAUGUGUUUCAUGGACUUCAGUAGAUUCCCACUUGACACUCAGAAUUGUUCUCUAGAGUUGGAAAGCUAUGCUUACAAUGAAGACGACUUGAUGCUGUACUGGAAACAGGGCAAUGAAUCUUUAAGUAUAGAUGAGUACAUUUCUCUUUCUCAGUUUUUCAUUGAAGAAUUUAGUGCUUCUAGUGGAUUAGCAUUCUAUAGCAGUACAGGUUGGUACAAUCGACUUUUUAUAAACUUUGUUCUACGGAGACAUAUUUUCUUUUUUGUUUUACAAUCCUAUUUCCCCUCUAUGUUGAUGGUGAUGCUAUCUUGGGUUUCCUUUUGGAUAGACCGAAGAGCUGUUCCUGCAAGAGUAUCAUUAGGUAUAACUACUGUGCUGACAAUGUCAACCAUAAUUACCGGAGUAAGUGCCUCAAUGCCCCAGAUGUCUUAUAUAAAAGCUGUGGACGUAUACUUAUGGAUCAGCUUUCUUUUUGUCUUCCUAUCUGUUAUUGAAUAUGCAGCUGUAAAUUAUCUCACAACAGUGGAAGAGCGAAAACAUCUGAAAAAUAGAGGAAAGGUUGCUGGGUUGUAUAACAUUGAUGCAAUGCAAGCCAUGGCCUUUGAUGGGUGCUAUCACGAUACUGACAUUGAUCUUGCCACCUUGAGUGUACUUUUGGAAGAGGGAGCAGCACAUGAGCGAGCACCCAGUAUCACCCCCCUGGAUGAAGCUCACUUAAAAAGAAAAAGAUUUUUGACAGGAACUGUGGGCAGAAUUAUUUUGCAAAAUAACCAUGUCAUUGAUACGUAUUCCAGGGUUGUAUUUCCUGCUAUAUAUAUUGUAUUUAACUUUUUUUACUGGGGUUUAUACUGUAUAUAUAAAUGAAGAGAGUUUUAUUUUAUUUUACUUAUUUUAUUUUCAUGUGAACAACUGAGAUUUGGUAUAGUAAGUUAAGGACUCUCUUAGAUGAGCUGGAUUUCUUGUUGAUUACACUUUUUUAAAGAUCAGCUAAGAAUAGGUAGGUGCUAUUACAUUCUAGCACAUACAUUGUUUAAAUGUACCCAAGCACUCCAGUAGAAUAUAUAUUUAGGCUGACUAGAGUAUAUAUAUAAUAUACACACACACAAAAUGCAACAUAUUAAGAAGGAAGACACAAUAGCACUCAGUUACAAUAUUUUCUUUUGUUAUUAAUGAUUGGUGAAUUUGUACAAUAAGCAGUAUGCUGCUUCCUUUGUGAUACACACAGCAAUGACAAUUAUAAGACUUUUCACAAUAUUGUCAAACUGCUUUCAGAACUUUAAAAGCUUAUAAGACCAGUUACAUGAAUGCUAUGUCUGCAAGAACUCUUCUCAUAUCUGCCUGACUCUGCCACUUGUAAAACCAAUGUCUCUCUUCUCCCAACAUCGGAUCUCAUAUCCAAUAUUUGAUUGUAUUAUGUGAAUGGGAAGGUUUUAGAAAAGUUUAAAAUUUUCUAUUCAGCAACAGGCUCACUGAGCAUGUGCAAGAAAACAUGAGUACGUGCCUGAAACUAAGUAGAGAAUGUCCACAUGUAGAGAACAAAA